UGUAUUGAACCCAGAAUAUUCCUUUAAUUGCAGUAUUUUUUUACUGGGUUUUGUCAGAUUCGUCCUUGAGUUGCACAUCAGAACUACAUUUCCCAUCAUGCAACAUUAUCCCAUACGCGUCAGAGCACGUGUCUGAACUGAAAGGAGUGACACAUGUAGACAAUCACGAAAUAAAAACGAAAUCGUGAAAGGUGGUAUCUUAAAAAUAAAACUACAUUGACUGACAGGUGAGGUUUAAUCGCGUUCUUGUGUGUGUGCUGUGAGGUUCUGAUGAUCCGGGUGGGUUUACUGAGAGCUCUCGUGACCCGUCACACGCACCGAUGUUUCUUCGGAACACACAGACGCCCAGUGACCCCGGAGCAGCUGAACUCUCCGAACCGAGCCCGAGAGCUCGUGUACCGCAUGAGUCCGGCGGAGAGGAGCUGCUUACUGAAGGAACUGCAGAACUUUCAGUCCAACACUGAAGUUUGUUUGUCUGUAGUUUUGGAGUCUAAGGAUUCGUCUUCACCGACUGCAGCCCAGCUCAGAUACAUUCUCCUGCAUAACGCCAUUCCGUUCGUCGGCUUUGGGUUUCUGGAUAAUGCCAUCAUGAUCGCUGCUGGAACUCAGAUAGAACUGUCCAUCGGAAUAACGUUUGGGAUAUCCACCAUGGCAGCUGCAGCUCUGGGGAAUCUGGUGUCCGAUCUGGCUGGACUCGGUUUAGCAGGUUAUGUGGAGGCUCUGGCUGUGCGAUUAGGAAUGCAGAUUCCUGAUCUAACAGCGAAACAGGUGGACAUGUGGCAGACCAGAGUGACAUCACACUCGGGUAAAGCCAUCGGUAUCACUAUCGGAUGCAUUCUGGGAAUGUUUCCUCUGCUCUUCUUAAGUGAUGAUGAGGAAGAGAAGACGAAGAAUCAGCCAAACUAAGACUGACAGAUCUUCUCUAUAUGUAACACUAUUUACC